AUGAACGCCUCACAGGAAGACAAUUAUUCGUGGGUGCUAAAAAGCAUCAAUAAUUUUCAGCUUGAAAAACGCCCUCGACCGCAUCCAAAACCAAAUGAAGUUGUAAUCGCCAUAAAAGCUACUGGUAUCUGCGGUAGUGAUGUUCAUUAUUGGGUCGAUGGUCGCAUUGGUGAUUUCGUCGUAGAAAAAGAGCUUGUCCUUGGACAUGAAUCUGCUGGCAUUAUCGACGAAAUCGGCGAGAAUGUCAAGAAUUUAAAAGUUGGAGAUGCAGUUGUCAUAGAACCUGGCGCACCAUGUUAUGUUUGCAGUUACUGUCGAAAAGGGAAUUAUAAUCUGUGUCCAGAUAUGAAGUUUCCUGCUACACCUCCAAUUGAUGGGACACUGUGCAAGUAUUAUUGCUGCUCAGAAGAUCUUUGCAUAAAAUUGCCUGAAAACUUUCCUCCAGGAAUAGAAGGAGGUGCAUUGAUCGAGCCACUUUCUGUUGGGAUUCAUGCUUGUAAUCAAGCAGGACUGAGAGCAGGGCAAUCUGUAAUAAUAUUUGGGGCGGGACCGGUUGGCCUUCUCACAGCAGCUGUUGCUAAAGCUUCAGGAGCGAUCAAAGUGACAGUUGUUGAUAUCAAUCAAUCCAGGUUGGAUUUUGCCAAGGGCUAUGCUGCUACUGAUGUUAUACUUGCGGAGAAAGUAACGGCAGGUGACAAUGUCAUUGAUCAUUGCAAGAGAUUUGCCAAGAGUCUUCUUGAAGCUGGCAAAGAACGUUCCGAUGUCGUGUUGGAAUGCAGCGGUGCUGAGUCAUCCAUUAUCACAGGGAUUUACAUGACGAGACCAGGUGGCACUUAUGUGCAAGUGGGUAUGGGCAGUGACGUUGUUGCUCUUCCAAUAACACACAUAGGAAUCCAAGAAAUUACUAUUCGAGGGUGCUUCCGAUACUCGAAUGCUCACAGGCAGGCUGUUCAAAUGGUCGCUGCAGGCUUGAUUGAUUUGAAACCACUCGUUACACAUAAAUAUGAAUUUCAAGAAGCAAUCCAAGCCUUUCAAACCGUGAGGGAUCAAAAGGAUGGUGUAAUUAAAGCGCUUAUUCUCGGUGAUUAA